AGGGCUUGGGAUAAGGCAAUAUUAAUAUUGGCAAUAGUUAUUUGAUUAUCACAAUAUUCACACACAAAAUUGUAAAUAUCCAUGUUUCUACUAGUGUUAAAAACCCACCCGUAGCAGUGCAGGCUGUAAGACCAGCACUCUUUUUUUUAAAUAAUCAAUAAUGAAUAAUAAACAAUUUUGUUACUUUAAUAUAAAAUAUCAAUAAUAUCAAUUCAUGACUAUUAUUAAUUUGGUGCUGUGAGGGAAAAAAGACUUACAAAUGUUUACUAAAGCUUUGGUUGCACCCGUUAAUGCUUAUAAAAAUAACAUGAUAAACUCUCUCUCUAAACUCCCUCUCACUCAGUUUUUGUCGGAACAUGGUGUGAGAAAAUGACUAACGAAUGAUCUCUAAAAAUAGAGAAAUUAGCCGCGCGUCACUGACUGAACGCUAAUCGGAUGCGCAUCACUCAUUGCGCGCGCAGCUGGGAUCUCGUGCCAUCAUCAGGCGCUCUGAAAAGUUCGUGGAUAAAAGGUGCACGGCAUGGUGCUGGGCAAUACUAACAGAUCUGCUGUCACGCAAAGCCACGGAGAAACUAUGAAGUCCUUGAUGGGCGAGGAGCGCGCGAGAGAGACAGGUGCAAGUUUGGAAACGUCUAACGGCAUGAUGAUCUCUGAGGUCCUUAUCCCUCGCCUAUUCAAAAUUGCGCACGAGUCUGGAGAGGUGGCAGUGGCUGCGGGCUCCGGACCCUUGGAAAUGAAGCCCUCCAGCUCCCCGAUCCUUCUGGAGAUGAUGGAGAUGGCGAACGGCACGCGCUGCGUGGAGCAGAUCCUUAGCUACGGAGAAGCCGAGAAGGUGCUGAUCGGUGGAGUGCUGACCAUGCUGACGCUCAUCACCAUCUGCGGGAACCUGCUCGUGGUCAUCUCCGUGUGUUUCGUGAAAAAGCUACGGCAACCCUCCAACUAUCUCAUCGUGUCCCUCGCGCUCGCGGACCUCUCCGUUGCGCUCGCGGUGAUGCCGUUCGUCAGCAUCACGGACCUGAUCGGGGGCCGCUGGAUUUUUGGCAAGUUCUUCUGUAACGUGUUUAUAGCCAUGGAUGUGAUGUGCUGCACCGCGUCCAUCAUGACCCUCUGCGUUAUUAGCAUAGACCGGUACCUUGGCAUCACCAGACCCCUAACUUACCCAGUGAGGCAGAACGGCUGGCGUAUGGCCAAAAUGGUGCUCUCUGUAUGGCUGCUUUCUGCGUCAAUCACCUUGCCGCCAGUCUUUGGCUGGGCGCAGAACGUGAACGAUGACCGCGUGUGUCUGAUUAGCCAGGACUUUGGCUACACCAUUUACUCUACAGCUGUUGCAUUUUACAUCCCCAUGACUGUCAUGCUGGUCAUGUAUAACCGCAUCUACCGUGCCGCCAAGCUCAGCGCUGCCAAACACACCAUCACUGGCUUCCCUCGUGCAGGUCAGGGGGAGGAAGAGGAGGAUGAGGUGGAAGGAGCAGAAGGGAAGGAAAAACACGUGGAAGUGGAUUGCGUAACCAUUGGAAUCAAGCUGCAGAGGGAAGUGGAAGAGUGUGCGUGUCUGCCUCGACUCCUGCGAGGAGUCGGCAGGAGAAGCUCGGACCGCAGGAGCAUCUCCAUAUUUAAGCGGGAACAGAAGGCGGCGGCCACACUCGGGGUUGUGGUAGGAGCGUUCACCGUCUGCUGGCUUCCAUUCUUUCUCCUCUCCACUGCCCGCCCCUUUAUCUGCGGGACAGAGUGUAGCUGCGUCCCUCUGUGGGUGGAGAGAACGCUGUUGUGGCUGGGCUAUGCCAACUCACUCAUCAACCCUUUUAUCUACGCUUUCUUUAACCGCGACCUGCGCAUCACCUACCGAAGCCUGCUCAGCUGCCAUUACCGCAAUAUUAACCGCAGACUGUCGGCCGCUGGCAUGCAUGAGGCCCUACGCCUGGUGGAAAGACCGGAGGUGGUUGUCUCUGGGUGACCUGAACUGUGCACAUGACAUAAAAAGUUUGAAAGUCAGCAUUUGCACAGGAACUCACAAGCCUAAAUGGUCAUGAUGGCAUUAAGGAUUGUGUUGUGUUUGGACAGUACCUUCACAGUCCAAAACAGUGGUCAAAUUAGACAGAGACGUGCAUUAUGGUCUCAUCUUUACUGACAUAGGAACACAAUCACUGGCUUUCCUUAAGUAGAACAAGAGAGAAAAAUGCAUAUAGCUGAUGUAUCACAUAAAGUCCGGCUUCUGUUUCAAUUCCAGAUAUUCUAAAACAAGAAAUAUAUAUAUAUGAAUUUAUAUACAGGACAUGCUUAUAUUGCACCGGUGUCGUGAUUCUGGAUACACAGAUCAAUAGAACUGUAGGGAGAAAUCUGUUUAGAUUUACCCAUUCUUUAAAACAGAAAACCACUCAGCUCGAGCUUUAAAAAUGUAUAUUGAGCCAUGAGAAACUCCUUUGUCAACUGUCAGCACCUGUUAGUUCACUAAGUGUGAUUCAUCUGUGUCUGAAUCUUGAGCCUUUGUGCUAAACACAAGAAAAAACAUUUCUAUUUUCAGUCUGCACACGCACACUCUGUAUAAAACCACAAAUUGUUUUAUGCGUUGAUGGAAAGCACAUUAAAGCACAGAUCUAAUGUCAGCUAAGCUUCUUUCUGCAGCUGUGGUUAAGCCAAAAGGAACAGGAUGUAAUCUGAUCACAGAUCAGUAAUUAAAGGGAUUCUGAUGAGAUUGACUCUGCAUGUCUCUUUUUUUGUAGGCAGCUAUUUAUAGUUCGAUUCUGCUUAGAUCUUAUGAUUAGAUUGUAUGUCACUCUUCGUGAGGUUCACUCUUUUGUGUUCCUCACAAUUACUUGUGCAUAAAAAUAUCAACAAAUUUGUAAUGACUUUUGUACUCACUGUAUGUCUGCCUGUGUAAAUAUUAAAAGCAGAUGCACAAAAAUGUAAA